GGAUUGUAGUUCGUUCCACCGUUGAGUGACGCACCCGGAAGUAACGUGGUAAAGAAGAGAGGUCACUUUGCUUCUGUUUUGUAAUGUUUUGAUUCAGCAACACUGCUGAUAAUUAUGGAAGCAACCAAAGCAGAGGAGCCUUUCCUGAGGCAUGUGGAGACGGAUGUACUCAUCCCCAAGAUGAUGAGGGAGAAAGCCAAGGAGCUCUGUGCUGAAAAGGUUACAGCGUUCAACCACUGUUGUAAAGAGACUGGUUUCCUGAUGGUGUUCAAGUGUCGGGAUCAGAACGCUGCCCUGAAGGAGUGUCUGACCGUACACUACAGAGACUCGGCGUUCUUCGAAGAGUGCAAGCAGGAGUACAUCAAGGAGAAGCUGGAGUACCAGAGGACAGGGGUGGCGGCUAAGAACCGCUCACAAAAACUACCAACCAGCAUGUAGGUUCCAAAUUGACCCCUGACCCCCUGAACAUGUUGCUUCCACCUGUCCAAUCCUCUCAGAUCUACGGGAUUGGUUCGGUAGCAGGGGCUAGGGGUCACAGAGGGUGGCAGGGGGAGUGAGGGCUACUCACGGGGCAUUACAGUGUGUGUAUUGUACAUCUGGUUGGGAUGCUCAUUGUCCCAACGGGAGGAACUAGAUCAACGAAGUGGCAGGAGACAGGAGGUCAUCCAAGGCCCUAAGUGACCUGUGUAACGACUACGAGGCAGGUUGGCAAGGUGUGUCUAAAGGCCUCCGUUCACCUGCAUGUAGGGAAAAGGAAUCUCUUACAGAUACGUGUCCUCAACAGAGUCUCUCUAGUUGUUCUGAUCAAACAGUUAGGAUGGAAAACCACACUGUCCUCAACAGAGUCUCUCUAGUUGAUCUGGUCAAACAGCCAUGAUGGAAAAGCACUGUCCUCAACAGAGUCUCUCUAGUUGAUCUGAUCAAACAGUUAGGAUGGAAAACCACACUGUCCUCAACAGAGUCCCUCUAGUUGAUCUGGUCAAACAGCCAUGAUGGAAAAUCACACUGUUCCUCCUAUUUCAGAAUGAUCCAAUAAUGUCUUGUUGUUGAUGCUGUCUGUCUGCUCUGCAGUUUGUAUAUUUAUGAAGAAUUCUUUCUGUCAAUGCUUUGGAAACGUUUUCAUGUUGAGUUUGUUAGCAACCAAUACUGUCCAAAGUGAGAUUGAUUCCAAUGAUAUGAGACCUGUCCAAAGUACAUGAAUAAUAUUCAAGGUGUUGACAUCCCAACAUCCUCCACUAUGAGAAUGUUCCGGAAGGUUCAUAAUUAUACACAAGAUUGAUACUGCAUAGAGGCUCUAUCCCGUAGUUAGGAUUCACCGGUGAGUUGCCGUAACUACUGGUGUGAUGACCGGUGAAGCAUUAUGGGUAGAGUUGUUGUAAAAAAAAAGGUCUGAUUUUUUAAAAAUUUAACAUUUGACUUGACAUUGUGUUAAUGUGCAUCUAAAUAAAGACAAACAGAUCUUCUUGCC